AUGGAAAGUGCCUCGGAAGGGCAGGAGGCGCACCGCGAGNCCCCGCUGGCCUUCUCGCCCGACCACGUCGCCUGCGUGUGCGAGGCGCUGCAGCAAGGGGGUCACCUGGACCGCUUGGCCCGGUUCCUGUGGUCCCUACCCCAGAGCGAUCUGCUACGUGGCAACGAGAGCCUGCUGAAGGCGCGGGCGCUCGUGGCCUUCCACCAGGGCAUCUACCCCGAGCUCUACAGCAUCCUCGAGAGCCACAGCUUCGAGUCGGCCAACCACCCGCUGCUGCAGCAGCUCUGGUACAAGGCGCGCUACACCGAGGCCGAGCGAGCCCGCGGCCGGCCCCUGGGCGCCGUGGACAAGUACCGGCUGCGCAGGAAGUUCCCCCUGCCCCGCACCAUCUGGGACGGCGAGGAGACCGUGUAUUGUUUCAAGGAGAAGUCGCGCAACGCGCUCAAGGAGCUCUACAAGCAGAAUCGCUACCCGUCGCCCGCCGAGAAGCGGCACCUGGCCAAGAUCACCGGCCUCUCCCUCACCCAGGUCAGCAACUGGUUCAAAAACCGCCGGCAGCGCGACCGGAACCCCUCCGAGACCCAGUCCAAAAGUGAGUCGGAUGGCAAUCCCAGCACUGAAGAUGAAUGCAGCAAGGGUCAUGAGGAUUUGUCUCCACACUCAAUCUCAGGUUCUUCAGAUGGCGUCACCAACCUCAGCCUUUCUAGUCACAUGGAACCAGUAUACAUGCAGCAAAUUGGAAAUGCUAAGAUAUCGUUAAGCUCUUCUGGUGUUUUGUUGAAUGGAAGCUUGGUACCUACAAAUACUUCACCUGUUUUCCUUAAUGGUAAUUCUCUUAUUCAGGGACACAAUGGAGUUAUCCUUAAUGGGUUAAAUGUGGGGAGUGCACAGACAGUGUCACUGAACCCACCCAAAAUGUCUUCGAACAUUGUGAGCAAUGGUAUGGCCAUGACUGACAUACUGGGAUCUACCUCCCAGGAUGUAAAGGAAUUCAAAGUCCUCCAGAGUUCUGAAGCGAAUUCAGCAGCCACCACCGCAUACAGCCCCAGUGCCCCUGUGUCAUUCUCUGGGCUGAUACCUAGCACUGAGGUGAAAAGAGAAGACAUUCAAGCAGCAGCUUCCCAGGAUGGGGGCUCUGUAGUGACUUUUACUACACCAGUUCAAAUUAACCAAUAUGGCAUUGUCCAGAUCCCUAAUUCCGGAACAAACAGCCAGUUCCUUAAUGGGAGCAUUGGAUUCUCUCCACUGCAGCUGCCUCCUGUCUCAGUGGCAGCAUCACAAGGUAAUGUUUCAGUAAAUUCAAGCACUUCAGAUGGGAGCACAUUUACAAGCGAGUCUGCCACAGUCCAGCAAGGAAAGAUUUUCUUGAGCUCUCUUGCUCCCAGUGCAGUGGUCUACACUGUUCCUAAUUCAGGCCAGACUGUAGGAUCUGUGAAACAGGAAGGCUUAGAAAGAAGCCUGGUGUUUUCUCAGCUGAUGCCUGUCAAUCAGAAUACACAAGCAAAUGCAAACCUCUCAUCAGAAAAUAUCUCCGGGAGCAGCCUCCAUUCAUUGGCCUCCUCCUUAGUUAAUGUAUCCCCCACUCACAAUUUUUCCCUAACUCCCCCUCUGCUACUAAAUCCCACUGAGUUAAACCCUGACAUUGCUGAUAACCAGCCAAUGUCUACACCUGUGGCAAGCAAAUCUACUGUGACAUCUGUCAGCAACACUAACUAUGCAACUCUUCAGAACUGCUCCCUGAUUGCUGGUCAAGACCUACUGUCAGUUCCUAUGACCCAGGCAGCCCUUGGAGAAAUAGUUCCUGCAGCUGAAGACCAAGUGGGUCAUGCCUCCCCAGCAGUACACCAGGAUUUUGUCCGAGAACAUCGUUUGGUUCUGCAAUCAGUAGCUAACAUAAAAGAGAAUUUAUUACAAAAUUCUGACAGCAAAGCCACAAGUAUCUUAAUGAUGUUGGACUCUAAAUCCAAGUAUGUCUUAGAUGGCAUGGUUGAGACUGUCUGUGAAGACCUGGAAACAGACAAAAAGGAACUGGCCAAGCUUCAGACUGUCCAAUUGGAUGAAGAUAUGCAAGACUUAUAAACAUUGUUGCAUACACCCCCUUCCCAACACACACACACACACACACACACACACUAACAUUUCUGUUGGCAUCAGCAACAAAUUGUUGCAUGAA